AUGAACUCUCGGGUGCCUCGCUCACGCCGCUACGAUAUAUGGUCCAUGGGCUGCAUCAUAUUCGAGUACACGAUUUGGCUUCUAUAUGGCUAUGAAGAGGGACUGAGAAACUUCUAUGACGAGGGGAAGGAUAUUGAUGCCUAUCGAGAAAUAUUCACAAGGAAAGCUCAAGUGAGUGACGCGGCGCUAAGAUGGAAUAGCCACAUCUUGGAAGUCGACCCGGAGUGCAAUCGUGCUACUCCAAGCGUGAUCAAAGAUCUCGUCACGUUGGUGAGGGAUAAGCUUCUUGUUAUUGAUCUACCAAAGGAAAACAUAAGUCAGGACGACAUCAAGCGAUGUCGUGCCAGUGCAGAUGACUUGGAAAAGGCCUUGCAAAAGAUCAAGAGAAUGGCCAUUGACGAUGAACAUAAUGGAGGUAAAUACCUGUCUUCGGGUAAAAGUCGCAACGGAAUUUCUGCUCCUCGUCCGCAAAACGUUCUUAGUCAGAGCUUCUUGUCAACCAGUUCAGGCUCGGCGUCAAAGUUAUCAAAUCUGACUUACAGUAUUUUCAAUAACAAUUGGAACCGAAUGGAAGAUAAAGCUAUCUCGCUUGGAGUUCUGAAGCGUCACGAAACAGCGAUUAUGGGCAGCAUAACUUGGUCCCAGGAAAUAGCAAAGCUAUGUGACGAAUGCAGCAAACUUGACUAUCAGAGCGAGGAGCCCGUAUUGAGGGAGACUCUGGCGACUAUGAGAUCCAAGAUUCAGCGGUGUGCACUACACAGCCUUAUUUACCGUUCUAUUCCCCUAACUGCUUAUGACGACCUGGAGGUUGUGCAUAUCCGGAGAUCUGACUCCUCACUUGUUAUGGACAAAUCGAAAAUACCCUUACUCUCUCUUUCUAAAACUUCAGAUAGAUCAAGUGUUCAAGUCCCAACUCGCCUGAUUGACAUUGGUCUGGCGGAUGGUAGAAGCUCGAAGGUUUACCUUCGCGAGGCAGUGAACGCCGUAUGCCCCGAGAGAGGUGAGUUGAGAUACAUCACACUAUCGCAUCCUUGGGGCAAUGGGAAAGAGCACGACCACUUCUGCACCACGAAAAACAACCUUGACGGUCGACUAAGUGCCGGUAUUGAUAUUAAGGGUUUCCCCAACACAUUCAGACAUGCAAUCGAGGUGACUCGAGCACUUGGUGUCCCGUACAUCUGGAUCGAUUCGUUAUAUAUAGUGCAGGGACCUGAUGGGGACUUCGACACUGAAGCCAAAAAAAAUGGAGGCCGUCUUCAGCUCGGCAUAUUGCGUCAUUGCCGCAAGUUGCGCCAACAGAACAUCAAGUGGCUUUUUGUGGAAAAGGCCUCAACGCGAAGUAUUUAUGUCUGUGAAGCAAUUGAUGACUUUCAGCAUGAUGUGAUUGAGGGGUCGCUGAACAAACGUGGAUGGGUCCUGCAAGAGCGUGCUUUUGCACCAAGGACCAUAUGUUUCACAGAGAAUCAGACGUAUUGGGAGUGCGGGCAAGGCGUGCGCUGUGAGACGUUGACAAGAUUGACCAAAAGUUCAGGGUUCCAACAUGGUCGUGGACAGCUUACGAAGGACCCAUCACAUACUUUGACAUCCCUUUUGACCAUGUUCGAUGGACAUACAACACCGCAGAAGGAAAGAUUCAAUCGCCAUGGACGACUUAUGGAGUCAGAUUCUACCUCGUUCUCUUUGCAUACGGGAGAACUAGAUGGAAGAAUUGAUCUUACUGCCCAAGCAAGGGAAAUGUUAGAUCUGGAAUUAGCCGAGGCGCAGGGAAAGGUCACAUAUGGCGAAGGAACGUCGCCGCCAGGUGUACGUAAGCUAUGCGUUAUUGUCGGAAGCGAAAAGUCAAAGGAUGAAAGAUUCACGACACAGGACCUAGAGUGUCAUACUCUACUCGUUGCGCCCUCUGAUGAUCUCAGCACUAGUUCCUACUGA